AUAUUGGCCCCUGAGCUCUCUUUCCUCUGGGACUUAACUCUAUCUCAUAGGCUGGGGAGAGGCUGUAGGAAUGAAUAAGCAACGAGUAUAAUUCUCGAACUACAUUUUCCAUAAAGCUAUGGGGUUGGCCGCGGUCAUCUGGAGGGAAUGACCCCAGGGCCUUCUGGGAGUCGUAGUUCAAGGCUAGAAGGGGCCGUUUACGUAUCUUUGUGGCGCGACUCCAGGCUUUCCAAAAGGCGUGGGCAUCUCGCGGGAAACCUGGGUCAUAGGGAGGGGAGGAAGCCGGAGCAGACUGGGUACUUUUCCUUUGGGGGAUACUGGCAAAAUUCUAGUCUGAAAAAGCAGCCGCUUCUGUGACCUCACCGAAUUUCGGCGGGGCCUCCCUUUGUUGAGGUCCAAUCAGACUCAGAGUUGACUUCUGGGCGGGGCCAAGGAAACCUCCAGGGAUUAUAUCUUGAGAGUUCGCGGCCCUACGUGGGGAACUAGAAGGUGGAGGUUGUGGCAGUUCCUUGUAGAAAGGGGAGAACCGUGACUCUGAUGCCAGUCAAAAAAGUUCUCCACAUCACGCGACCAAACCCACCCUUGCCCCCAACAGAAUCCUUAGUUUUAGGCGUGAGAAAAUAUUGGAGUGGAAGAACUUGGUUCGCUCGUCCUCUCUAAAAGUCCUGAGAAGCUGGACUCGGCCUUCCAGCGAACUCUAGUGGUUGGCCGUACAACGAUCAGAGUCGAAGUCCGGCAGCUGCCUUAGAGGGAGCAUCGGGACCCCUCGGGGUCCUAACGAGAAGUGUGCGCCCUGCAAAUCGCGGGUCCAUAGUCUCGGGGAGGGGCUUCUUUCCGUUUGGGGUCCACCUUCUUGGUUUGGAGUGAGAGGGCCCUCACCGCGGGUCUGCGUGGGCUUCGCGCUUUGGCCGCAAUGCGGCCACGGCUUCCCCUGCUGGUGGCAGCGCUGGCAGGCUGCCUGCUUCCUGCCCAGGGCUGUAUCAUGUGUGACCCAAAGGCCUUGAAGGCACUAAAGUCCUUGGAGAACGAUUACCUGCCAGGCCACCUGGAAGCCAAGCACCACCAAAACGUCAUGAAAAGGGUACAGGAGGCCUUGCAGAAUUUCGAGGAACUGCCGAUUGACGAGAAUUCCUAUGUGGGAGUUAUCGAUGAGCCCACCCUGGAAAAGGUAUCUUGGAGUUUUCUGAAGGAUCUGAAACGCAUCACAGACAGCGAUGUAAAGGGCGAGCUCUUCGUGAAGGAGCUGUUCUGGAUGUUACACCAGGAAAAGGAUACCUUUGCCAGACACGUCGCUCAGUUCCAAAGAGAGGCUUUUUGUCCCAACAAAUGUGGUAUGAUGUUGCAGUCUUUGAUCUGGUGCAGCAACUGCGAGAAGCAGGUUCACGCUUGCCAAAAGUCCAAGGAUUGCGGGGAGCGCAGGGUCGAGGUCCGUGCAAUGGAAGACCUGAUCCUGGACUGUGAGCUCAAUUGGCAUAAAGCCUCUGAAGGCCUGACGGAUUACAGCUUUUACAGGGUUUGGAGUAACAAUUCUGAGACCUUGAUGUCGAAGGGGAAAGAGCCCACCCUGACCAAGCCCUUGGUGGGUCAAGAGGACGAAGGCACCUACCGCUGUGAGCUGGGCUCUGUGAAAGGCGGCCUAGCCACCGUCAUCCAUUUUCAUGUCACAGUGUUGCCCCCAAAUACCAAGGAGGUACCGUCUAUAAACACCGAAACCCAGGGUUGCUUGGCCCCCGGUGAGAUGCCUGCGAAUUUCCCCCAGUUGCCCACAACUGUCCAAGAUACGAUAUCACAGCCUCAGAAGCUCGAGAAGAUGCUGAGAGGCCGCCUAGUAGGGCUGCUGAUCGGGGGCUUUGUGGUGCUCAUCACUGUCGUAGUCACCGUGAUACUUUGCUUUCGGUCUGGGAAGGCAAUGGAUGCCAUAAAGUACUGGCUCGGCACUCGCAGUGUAGCUGCUCAGCACCCCAAGGUUCCAGAGGAGAAGGCCACACAGUCAGAGGACAAAUAAAGAUUUAUCUGGUUGUCUAAG